AUGGAGUCCCAUGACAUACAGAAGAACUGUAACAUCGUUCCUAUUUCGGCGGAGGAGUUGAAGAUACGAAGUGAGCUUGGAAUGGAGAUUGAAAAGGACUUGGAAGAAGAGAUCAAGGAGGGUAUAUACCACCUUGCUCUUCGGUUGCACAGGAUUUACCAGGAGAGGAAGGAAAAAAGUGCAAAAGAAACAUUUGAACCUGACAAUAACCGAGCUAGAGCCCUUUCUGAAGUGAACAUAAGCAUAAGAAUGGAAGGUAGAACUAAAGUUGAAAUCAAAGAGGUGAACAAUGAAGAAGCUGUUAAAAAGGGUUGUCCGUAUUCUAGGCCACAAAAUGUGAGGGAAGUGAAGAAGGUUGAUUGGGUAAAGACCCUGAGAGGAGGUUCAAGCCCUGUUUGUGCUAGCAGAUUAUCAAGUGUCAGCUCAAAGAACAAGGAGAAAAAGCAUAGCACUGACCCUAAUGGUUUAUCCAAUUGGAAAAUUCCCGGUGGGAGGGGAAAGAAAGCUGGUUCCUUUGGGGAAGUAAAACAGAAUGCAGGCGUGGAAAAGGAGAUACUUCAGUUGGGGUGGAGGUACGGGCUAAAAUGUGGCAACGUAACGGAGCCCUCCCUGACCCACACCUUCAACAUCUUGUCUGUCAAAAAUCAUGGAGAUGGGGAGGGCAAAGAAAUAUUAGAUGAACUGAAAAGAAGCAUGGCUGCUUCUGGUGCGAGUUGUGUAGCAAGAAUAGGGUGGUGA